AUGCCGGCGAGUCCCGUGCAGGAGAACCCCACCCUCCGCGAGCUCCCCGACGAUCCUACGAUGACCGCUCUAGUCACUACUACACACUACCUCAACCCAAGAGCAUCAUCCUCUCACUUGUCAGUCACACCACCGAGCCGCUCGUCAAUAUCCUCUCUCAACAGAGAUCCCUGCUCGAUCCCGCUGCCGCCCUCCCGAGCCGUGACUCCCACGCCCCCGGACCUCAUCUCCAACACCACCCACGCCGGCUCCUCCUACUCCUCCUCCUCCAUUGCCCUAGAAGACUGGCCCCGCACCCCCGUCGACUGUCCCCCAGCAAACUUCCCACAAGCCAAGGCCCCAGCCCUCAAGCUCUUCGGCAGCAAAAAGGCCAAGCGCUGGCUCGACAAGACGGUCGACGGCACCCAGGGCCGCCUCAACUCGGCCGUCAAGCCCUACACCUCGAACCCGCGCUACAACCCCAAGAACUGGACCACCAUCGCCCAGGCCGCCUCCCACCGCUACCUCGAGGGGAAGCUCUACGGGCCCGAGGGCCGCUACCCUCGCGCUGAGGAUAUCGACGAGGGUGUCGUUGGGAGGCCCAAGCUACCGGCGCGGCCCGUGGUGGCGCCGGCGGAGGCGGGGGCUUUGGUCUUGGCUAGGGAGCCCGAGGUUGAGUUUCCGGCUGUUGGGCUGGCGCCGUUGGUGGUCAGAGAGAAGAAGAAAAACAAGAAAAGCAACGAGAUCCUAGAUGCCAUCGUUGAGGUGGGAAGGCCAAUAUUUGAUCAACUCGCCCCGCCACCUGCGCCCGGCGCUACUCUCUCGACCGAUCUUCAUACUCUCCUCUUUCCAGACGAAUUCGCCUUUUGCUUUCGAAGUUUGAACGGCAAGGCAGAGCUCAUUCGCAGUGAGAGCAAUGGCACGCAUGAUGACGCCUCUCUUGACCCAUUCGGCCGCCCGUUCCAACUCAACGUUGAUCAAGACUUCAAUUUACCAAGAUUCUCCACCAAGGACAUUCGAGUCCUCGAGGACAUCCUCUACAACGGCUACAUUGCACGUGUGGCGAUUGAAGGGAACGAGAUGUGCUCCAAGGCGGGAGACGACAAAUGUCGGGAAGCCGCGCAAAGGGAGCUUGAGUGCCUCUGGAAGAUCACUACCUCUCCAUAUGCAGCCACCAUCCGCGUCCCGAAACUGCUCGGUCUCAUUGAAGUAUCCGACGACGAGAGAGCCGUUGGGUCCGUGGAGGAGUUUAUCCCGGUUUCGGCUACCUGGGAGCUUACGACACUGCGAAAUAUCGAGGCGAUUUCUGACAUUGUAAAGGAUCGUCGCCAGAAGUGGGCUUUGCAGGUCCAGGAGACUGUCCGCCUGUUGCAUCAAAUCGGAGUCGUGUGGGGCGAUGGCAAGGCAUCGAACGUACUGAUUCAUCGCGACACCGACCAUGCUUGGAUCGUUGACUUUGGUGGCAGAUGGACAGAUGGUUGGGUAACCCCGGAUUUGAGCGGGACGGUGGAGGGUGACGAGAUGGCCGUGAAAAGGAUCUUUGAGUUCUUGGAAGUUUGACAGAAACCUUCCUGGUCUCGUAGAACGUUGUCAGAUGGAUAGACAGCGUAAGCCAAGCAGUUUUGUAGAGUUGGAAGACGGGUCAUGAAUCCGGAUGGCCCAUCCGAUUUGUCCCCAUUUGGAUCUGAUAUCUUACAUCAGGGUCAGCCACACAGAAGCCGAUUGAGAGCGCCCAGACUUCGGCCUGAGACGCAGGUCGCAAAGUCCCCUUCUUACUACAUUGGCCUUGCUCUAGAAAACAUACACAUUUAUAUUGCAGAGAACGAAAGUUGUCUAUGAGAU